AUGUCACUCCGGCGCCUGCUAGGCUUCUCCGCCACCGUCUCCGGCCGCCUCCCCCUCCGCCGCUGCCUCACCACCGCCGCCGCCCCCAAGCACCCGCCGUGGGCCAUGAUUGACUACAACUCCCUCGUCGACGAAUCGUCGUCGGCGCCGGGCGCGUGCUUCGGCCCCGUCGAGCCUCCACUUGUCUCCCGCAUCACCGCCCCGGCGCACCUCCUCAAUCCCAGGGAGCGCCCCGCCGCCGGCAGCAGCGUCGUCCAACUCGUCACCGGCCACGUCAACGCCACCAGCGGCGACGGCCACCCCCUCCUCGCCUACUACGAUAUCCUAGGGGAGGGUCCCCGAGAAUCCUGGAACGGCAACGCCGACGUCGAGGCCGAGCGCUGCAUCUGCAACCCCAUCAGCGGCGAGGUGCUCCGCCUCCCGUACCCCGGUGGCCCCGGAGGGUCCAGGAAGAACCUGGGCCACCGCCACAUGGGCCUCCUCACCCAAGCCGGCGGCGGUUGCGGGCACGGCCCCCCUGACAGGUUCGCCGUCGCCGACAUCGUCAGCCAGCGUGACCGCAUCGUCGAUCGGUUUCUCCCGGAGGUAGGCAGGUGGGAUCUGCUUCUUGGCGUACCAUGCCGGCCACCGCUCGCGUGGGAGAUGGAGAUGGACCAAGAGACGGUGGCCUUCGCCGGCCGCCUCUGGUGGGUCGACCUGACCUGCGGCGCCGUCUCCAUGGACCCGUUCAGCAACCAGCCGGAGCUCCGCUUCGUCCCGCUGCCGAAUGGCACCUCGCUCACCUUCAUUCUCUUGGAACACAAAGACUCGAGCGCGGAGCAUCUUGCCCAGUUCAGGCGGGAGGUGGCCAAGUGCCGGCGCAUCGGCGUCAGCGAGGGGAGGCUGCGCUUCGUUGACGCGUCCAUUCACGACCCGUUCCUGCUCAGCUCGUUUGUGCUUGACGACGAGGCCAGGAGCUGGACGCUGGAGCACCAGGUGGAGCUCAGGAAGGUCUUGGAGGAUGGAGGCCACCCGUGCGAACAGGCGAAGAGGCCGCCGCAGAUCGCCGUCAUCGACCCACUCAACGCCGACAUCAUCUACAUCACCGUCGGCGAGCAGAAGCACAUCGUCGCCGUGGACAUGUACCAGGAGAAGGUGAUUGGGAGCUCUCCGCUUCAAAACCAAUACCAUUCGCUUGUACCAUGCGUUCUUCCACCCUGGCUUGGAUCAAGCCAGAUUCCUAACAAAGGAACUGCCUCCAUGCCUUCAGAAUGGCCGCAGGGCUAUCAUCAGCGUCGUUCUAGCAACGGUUCUUCUGAGAAAGUACUUAAGGUGGCAGACGGAAGGUUGGUGCUUGCUUGAAGGAUGCGGAAGAAUCAUCUAAAGGUUUGCUAAUUUUACCUGUUUUAGGUUUAGUUCAAAUGUGCUCAUUGUUUAGUUGUGCACGUCCGCAAAGGCAAGUGAGUUCCCAGACCAUGUUCACACUGGAAGCUGAGAAACUCUGAUAAAAACAGAGCAGAGAUGGAUUCCUAUUAAUCCUUUUGGUGAACGCAAAUUAGAAUGUUUUUACUUUAUGCAUGUUCUUUUUGAGUUUGCUUUACGCAAAUUGAAUACUUGU